AUGCCGUUGAGACAACAUCCGAGUCUAUCAGAAGAAGAUGUUCAAGCUGCUGAGAUGCUUGAUGUUUUAAGGAAUUCACAUGCAGACGAGCAUGUGCUAAGUAAGGAACUUGAAAACAAAAAAGAAGUGAUAAAAAAAGAGGAUCCGGGUUUAAAUAGUCAAGCAUUGCAGGGCUCACAAUAUUCUCUGCUGGAAAAGGUGCGUCGGAAUUCCAUUAUCAAUAACGUUGUCACGCUCUAUGAGAUGAACAGUAAAAAGAGGGCUGCAUCUAUCUUACUUGAGAAAGAGCGGGGACCUUCAAGGGAAUCUUUUAAUGAUAUCCCCAAAAGCGAUGAACCCAACUACGAUUUAGGUAGCGACAAUGUUUCGAAGCGACAGAAGAUCACUAAAGCUCUUGCUAAGAGUAAAGGCAACCUGAAGGAAUAUCAGUUAAACAUGUCUAUUGAAUCGAAAAAACGAUUAAUGGCAUGCUUGCAUCUCCUAAAAUUAGCUAACAAGCAGCUCACAAAUAGGGUUUCGGUCCUGCAAACCCAAGUUGAGAAAGAAAGAAAGGAUAAGAAGUUUCUUAAGCGAGGCAAACCAGUUUCCCAUCCUCCAAGGAACAUACAUGACAAAGAGGAAUGCGGAAGCGACAUUAGUAACGAUUCGGAUGAUGAUUCGGAUGAGGAGUUUUUUGAUGCUUCUGAUUCUCUAGAUGAUCAGUCCAGAGUUAUAAAAAUGGAAGUGGUUGGAACUGUUAAAAAAGUCUAUUCAUUGAUUUCUAAGUUUGCAGGAAACUCAUUGCCGGAACCUGCGAGAUCACAAGUACGCCAAACUCUACUCAAUUUACCAACAAACUGGACAAUAAGCGUUCAUAAAUCUUCCAUGUCUCCAAAAGCAAGACGGCAUAGAAAGAGGCUGUCCGCUAAUGGUAAAGUUUUAAUUCUUGCCGAAGAAUCUUUGAAUAUGGUCAAAAACGUAAUGGAUGUAGUAGAUUGUACCUUGGGCAGAGCGGAAGAAUGGGUAAAACAUAAACAAGAGGUGAAGGAAUUAUUAAAACAAAAGUUCAUACACCAGCAAUUAAAAAGUCAAAUCAGAGAGCAGUUAGAAAAGGAACAAAUAGAGGAAAAUGGACCUCGAUAA